AUGUUGUCAAAUUCUAAUAAAACCUUAAAAAAAGGGAAUCUUUCUGACAUUUCUGACAGACCCUCUUCUUCUACUGCAACAAGAAAAUCGUCAAAAAGUUCGACAUCAACCAAUGAUACAACAGCAAAUGAAUCUUAUUCAGGUUUAUCGCCUGAAACUCAAAACAUUAUAAACUCAUUAAAAUCAACAGAGAAGAAAAAAACAAAUGUCUCACGCACUAUGAUAGAAGAAAUUUUGAGAGAAGCCAGACUAAAGGCUGCUGCUCGUACUAUUGAAAAUAACCCUUCAUCAGCUUCAACGAAAAAGUUGGAUACUUCUCGUUUGGCAAACACUAAAUCUUCUGUUGGAAAUACAUUAGAGAAUAAAUAUGGUUUUAAUACAUUAUCCACUUCAAAUCAUGAUGAAAAAAAAUCGCAACUAGAUCAAAAUCAAGAUUCAUUCUCUAAAGAUGAAGUAACUGAAAAUUCUAAAGCGCAGUCAACAAAUCGAACAUAUUCACGUUUAUUCCCAACUCGUUUGGCAAACUUAAUAGGGAUUAAUACCGGGGAAUCUACUACAAUAGACUCAUCAAAAACAGAAACAAAACUUGAAUCUACCGCCACAACAGAUGAUGUUAUUAUACAAACAGGAAAUAGUACUAAUCAUGUGACUGGUAUAGAUACUUCUCGAAAUAUCAGUCAAAUUAAUGAUGAUAAUAAAUUCUCUCAAACUACAGACGAAAACAAUGUAUCUAAAUCUGCAUCGUCUAAUGAGCCUGAACGUUCAAAACAGGGAUCUAACAUAAGUGUUGAUACAAAUUUAGGUAGAGUUCCUCGAAAAGAACAAAGAUAUGUAGUAAGAUCUACAUCUUCACCUCGUUUUACGAAGAAACGUGGUAUAGUUAUUCGUCGCUCAAGUGCCAAGAUUGUGCCAAAACAUGGAUCCGAGACAUCGGAAGAUUAUCAACGUGCACCAAAAACACCGGUCAAAACAGUAGAGAUAUCUAGCGAACUGGACGAAUUAGGUUCCCAAUUUCAAGAAACUCUUACCGAAUUUUCUAAAAGAUACCAAGAUUCAACUGUUGCACUUGCUGAAAAAUCUUACCUUUUGAAGAGAAAUCAAGAAUUAUGGCACACUGUAGCUGCAAAAGAGGAAGAAAUAGAAUAUCUUAAAAAUGAAUUAUGGCAAGCUGGAACCAAAAUUCAAGAUUAUGAAUCUGAUCUUAAAGAAAUUAUCGAACAACAACAAGAACCUCUUACACUCACUCAAGAAGACUUAAUACGUAUCGAAAGGGAAAUAGAUGAUCAAGAAGUUUUAAUUAGCGGAUAUCAAAGAGAAAACGACAAACUGGUUGGUGAGAUAAAGAAUUUGACUGAAAGACUGCGAGUCACCGAAGAAGAACGAGAAAAUCACUACAAUAAAAUUAAUGAGUUAUAUAAAGAAAUUGAACAAUUGAAGGGAUCUCUGCAUGAACAAGAGACUAAGGAAUUAGUUCCAGAUGGCACUUUGCGACAAAUCGAAGAUAUGAAAAAAGAAAUUGAACGGUUAAAAGAAAAGGAAAUAUCCUAUGAGUAUAAGGAACUUGCUUUGAAGGAAAUGGAUGGAUUAAAAAAAGAAUUGAGCGCACUUAGAGAUAUAGAGAGUGAAUAUAUGAUCAAAGUUCACGAUUUGGAGCAUCAAUUGGCUUCAGCCAAUGAAAAAAUUGAAGAGAUCACACAAUCUAAAACAGAGUCAUUGGAAAAAUUUACCGAAGAGAUGAACCUAAUGAAAUAUAAGUACGAAUCACAAAUUGAGAACGUGAAAAAAGAGUUAAUUUCAAAAGAAGGGAAAGAAACUCGCUUCC